AUGAUAUAUAAAAUAUUUGAUAGCGAUCUUGAUGGUAAUUUAAAUUUUUAAGAGUAUAAUAUAAAAUAAAAAUGAUUAGUUUUUUUGACAUGAUUAUAUCCAUAGAUAAUCCAUUUUUGAGAUAAGAAGUGACUUUUAGAAAGGUUGAAUAUAAAAUAAAAGGAAUAAUAUAAAUAAAUGCAAAAGUUUUUGAACUUCUAUAAUUUUAUUGUAAAAAAUUCAUGGAAUUAUAAUAAUUAAAAUAAUAAUUACAUAGUUAGAUUGAUUUUAAUGUAUACUAUUCGUAUUGUAAGUACAAAACAUAUAAAGUUGAUCAUUAUUGUUAUUUUUUGCUUAGAAAAGAAUAUAGUAAAAAUGAUGAAAAUUUGAUUGAUUUUACAGAUUUCUAUAAAUUAUUAUCAAAUUAAGAAAAUAAUGCAAUAAAUGAAUUAUUUAGUCUAAGUGAAGAGAAGAUAUAAGUAUCAAAAGUAAUAAUGAAGUAAAUAGAAGAGAAAAAGAAGAAAAAUAUUGGAAAUAAAUAUUAAUUUAAUAAAUAAUAAUCAGAAAGAUGGUAACUAGAGAAUAGUCCAAAAUAAAUUUAAUAUUUUAGUGUUUAAACAAACGAUAAAAAUGAAAAUAGGAUUUGUGAUGAUUAGAAAAUAUCAGAAUGGAAUUAUUGA